AUGCAGCCCACCCUCAGCGCCCUCGAAACCGCCCUCGCCCUCGCUGCAGGCGCCGCCUCCGCGCAGCCCUCCACCACUUUCAAGGGCAAGGGCUUCGGCACCUACUACUACGACAUCCAGCAGCGGCAGGCCUGCGGCACCGACUUUAACAACCAGGACCUGGGCUCCGUCAUGCGCAACAGCAACCUGGUCGCUAUGAGCAACCUGCCGCUCAAGACGGCCGCGGGCCUCGCCAAGUACUGCGGCAAGCGCGUCGUCGUCACCGUCAACGGCGUCAAGUCCAACGUGCCCUUCUUCAUCGGGGAUGGCUUGCGAACGCUCAAGCUGUCGCCGCUGGCGUGUCAAAAUGGUCAUGUUGAUAUUGAGUAUGAGAUUGUGGCUGAGACGUUGUAUCACUUUGAUACCAACUAG